AUGCCCUCUCUUCCAUCAGACUUCAAACUCGGCUUCGCUACUGCAUCUUACCAGAUUGAAGGUGCAGUAGCCGAAGAUGGCCGAGGCCCAUCUAUUUGGGAUAUUUUUUGUCACCUUGAACCCACCCGAACCAAAGGCGCCAGUGGUGAUGUCGCUUGCGAUCAUUAUCACCGUCUAGAUGAAGACCUUGAUCUCAUGAAGCAAUAUGGAGCGGACAUGUAUCGCUUCUCACUUUCAUGGUCUCGUAUUAUUCCUCUUGGCGGAAGAGAUGAUCCCAUCAAUGAAGCCGGCAUAGAUUUCUAUAACCGGGUCAUCGAUGGAUGUCUCUCGCGGGGUAUCAUUCCUUGGGUUACGCUAUACCAUUGGGACCUCCCCCAAGCACUUCAUGAGCGGUAUGGAGGCUGGUUAGAUGUGGAAGAGUCUCAGAAGGACUUUGAACGAUAUGCAAGGCUCUGCUAUGAGCGGUUUGGCGAUCGCGUCAAGCACUGGAUCACACUGAACGAGCCUUGGAUCGUCUCAAUAUUUGGCUAUGCAACAGGCGGCAAUGCUCCUGGUCGAAGCAGCAUCAACCCUCAGUCCAUAGAGGGUGACACAGCAACAGAGCCAUGGAUAGUUGGCAAGGCCUUGAUCAUGAGUCAUGCUCGUGCGGUGGCAGCAUACAACAAAGACUUCCGUCCUUCACAAAAAGGUCAGAUAGGAAUCUCCUUGAAUGGCGAUUAUUAUGAGCCUUGGGACAGCAGUGAACCACGGGAUAGCGAAGCCGCUGAGCGACGCAUGCAGUUUCAUAUUGGGUGGUUUGCAAACCCCAUCUUUUUAAACAAAGACUACCCCCAGUGUAUGAGAGAUCAGCUAAAGGGCCGCCUGCCCACCUUCUCAGCCGACGACAUGGCUCUCCUAAGAUCUGCGGAAUGCGACUUUUACGGCAUGAACUACUACACCUCUCAGUUUGCGCGUCAUAAAACAUCCUCACCGCUGGAUACAGAUUACAUCGGCAAUCUCGAUGAGAUCCAGUCCAACAAAGCCGGCGAUCCCGUUGGUCUCGAGAGUGGCCUGCACUGGCUGCGGUCCUGCCCUGAUCUCUUCCGGAAACAUCUCACACGAGUUUAUCGCCUGUAUGGCAAGCCCAUCAUUAUCACGGAGAAUGGGUGCCCUUGUCCCGGCGAGGACAAAAUGACGCGUGAAGAAUCUGUGCAAGAUGACUACAGGAUUCAAUACUUUAAUGAUCAUCUCGAUGCUGUGGCGAAAGCUGUUACGGAAGACGGCGCUGUCGUGGGAGGGUAUUUUGCGUGGUCUUUGAUGGAUAAUCUUGAAUGGUCAGACGGCUAUGGGCCGAGAUUUGGUGUGACGUUUACUGACUAUGAGACUUUGGAGAGGACGCCCAAGAAGUCGGCGUUGGAGUUGAGGAGUCUCGUGGAUCGCAAGAAGGUCACAUCAAAGAUUUAG